UGAACCUGUGCUGGCAAUGGCCUCUCAAACUGUGAUUACAGUCCAACCCCAGUUUUCAGCUGCCCAACAGCCAGGGGAGUGGCAAACAGGGCUGCUGAGCUGCUGCUCCGACUGCGGCAUAUGUCUUUGUGGGAUGUUCUGCUUCUUCUGCCUGAACUGCCAAGUGGCUGGGGACAUGGACGAGUGCUGCCUGUGUGGUUCUAGCGUGGCCAUGAGGACCCUCUACCGCACCAAAUACAACAUCCCAGGCUCCAUCCUGAGGGACUUUUGCGCCAUCUGGUGUUGCAGCCCGUGUGCACUCUGCCAGCUGAAGAGAGACAUCAACCGGAGGAGGGCAAUGGGCAUAUUCUGGUAA